GUAAUCUGAACUUUGGCGGUAAAAUGUUUCGAGCCUUGUGUGACCCCAAUGGACCAACGCCGUGCUGCUUCGAGUACAAGUGUGUCAAUAAAACUGUAGGCCAAUGUAACUGCAGCACUUGUUUUGAUCUGAGGCCGGAAAUACACGCCGACUUUGGAUCUUAUGUCUUGAAAGAGCCGGCUUGCAAGGCAAUCGACAACAAUGCCGAGAGCAGAUAAACUACUUGGGCAGCUCCCGGCACGUUCCUUGGGGAGAAGUCACUGAGUGUAACCAAACGGUUAAAAUGCAGUUUUACAAGUAUUUUAAAUUGGACAGAAAAUUACAACAGGAACUCCUGGGAACUGUAAAAGGGCUUGUUGGAAAGCAGUAUUCUAUUCUUUACAUUGGCUUAGGUUUGCACGAGGACCUAAAUUUCCAGUUUUUACAUGAACAGGUCGUGAAGCCAAUGGUUAACAUUGUUGGAAAGAACCAAUGGCCCAAGAUAGUAUGGGCCACUCCUCACUGCCCAGGCCCACUCAAGUCGCCGACUUUCAUAAAGCAGCAGAAAGAUUCAGUCAUCGAUUUCAUUAAGAAUAUGAAGAUGAUUUUGAAAGGUUAUAACAUCGCUAUCUUGGACUCACUUCCCUUGACCACGGGUAUAGUAAGUUAUGAUGGUGUACACUAUGGGAAGGUGAUCAAUGAUAUCAAGGCGCAAAUUCUGAUGAAUCUUAUUCAGAGACUUAGAAACAAUGGUUGGUCGAGAGUGCAUUGAAUCUGCGAAUCGAGAAAUGUGUGUGUGUGCGUGUGUGUUU